UUGUGCUUGGCAAACAGCUGUGGCGUUGCCACACUUCCGCGAUUAAUGCAGGAAGAGCAAACAUUAGAUAAAGAUAAUUGCACAAUUACUGGCACCUGCAGCCGGCAAAAGCUGUAACGGAAUUUCCCGCUUUCAAAAGCCGAUGGCGCGCAUGGCCAAAACGACAGAGGAGAAAGCGUAUGCCCUGAAAUCGGUGAUGCGGUGGUUCUGGCCAGUUGACCGCCGUCCGUUGCAGCAGCUCCACAUUCCCCAAAAGAUGAGCAGACUUGCGUAAAUAUUGCAUGGGCAGUGCAGAUUUAAAUAUAGACCGUAUGCAUAUAGACGCGAUGUAAGGCACUUGCAUUUGGCAGCAUACAACCGAAAGUAUUAAUCAAGCAAUCCAAACCAAUGUGGCAUAGCCGGGAUUAUGGCUUCCUUGCGCGUAGUUAAUAGAAACAGAUUAGUGUGCCGCGGCUUUGUGGCUCUGACGUUGCUGCUGGUCUUCUUUAACGAGUUCAUAGUGUACUACAUAGCACAGUCUAGUUGGCAGCCAAUCGAUUGCAAACUAGAUAAUUGCACCCGCCUGCUGCUCAUCGCCGAUCCCCAGAUCCUGGGAAACUCUUAUGAUCGAUCCUCGCACAGUCCCUUGGCCAGAUACGAUUCGGAUAGAUAUCUGGCCAAGACCUUCGAGCGAGCUCUGGCCUUCACGCAGCCCCACAUCAUCAUUUUCCUGGGCGAUCUGCUGGACGAGGGCAAUAUAGCCACGGCCCAGGAAUACAAGCAGUAUGUGCAGCGAUUCAGGCGAAUCUAUCAGAACAAAAAGUUCAAAAAGUUUCGGAUGAUCUCUGCCUUUUUUCAGCGCGUCCAUGUGCCGGGUGACAAUGAUAUUGGCGGCGAGAAUGGCGACUACAUAUCCAACUCAAACCAAAGGCGCUUCGAGAACGAAUUCAUGAGCGAAGAUCUCUUUGACUAUGACAAUCACUUGCGCUUCUUCAAGAUCAACCGCAUGCUGCUGGACUUUACCAAUCCGGAUAGGGAUAACAAUGCCGAUCGGCUUCGGAUUGGCGUCUCGCAUGCCCCGCUGCUCAUUGGCGGUGGACCCUUGCUGAGGGCCAUCAUCAGUGACUUGGAUCCACAUAUCAUUUUCUCGGGCCACUGGCACGAAUCGAGAAUAUUUAUUUACCCCUCCACCAAGGUGAUCAACUUCUAUGAAAACGCCGUGAGGCACUUUGAUCUGAAGGCCCUGAAGGAGCAGGAGCACAGCUAUUUGGAGAUCAUGGUGCCCACAUCCUCGUAUCGCAUGGGAAAGUCUAAGAUUGGCAUAGGCUAUGCGGUGUUGGAAAACUACAACCUAAGCUACACGGUUCUGUGGCAGCCGAAUCGUUUUAUCCUGCUUUUCACAUACGUAUUCUGGGGACUGUUCGUCGUCUGCGGUGCCGUCGUCUUCAAGAUGAUGACCCGCUGUCCUUUCCGCGUGGCCAAAAGACAGACGCUGUACAAUCGUGUCUCGACCAUACCUCAAUUUUAGACGGCAUUUCCCCUUUCCUCACGGACAAUAAGCCUAAGAUUCUCAAGAGUUGCUCGUAUAUACUGCUCAGAACGAGAUUGAAAUUUAUAUAAUUUUUUUCAUAGAUAAGUAGGCUGUAUUCGAAUAGUAUUGAUUAGCAUUUGUUUAUAGAAAUUGAUUGUAAAUUUCCUUGUCCAAACUUUGCUAAUAUUAAUUUUGAAUUAGAAAAUAAAUGUAAUCCAUGUCCUCCACAUAACUUUUGUUUAAAUUUCAGCUUUAAAUUAAAAUUAUUAAAACAUUUCAA